CAACACUUAAACGCCAGGCCCUCCGAGUCUUCAUUUUGGCCAUUAUCCUCACUUCGUGCUUAGGAGUCAGGACAUCAUCAUCCAUCUAUGAUACAUCGCUCUUGCGACAGGCUAACACAUCUGAAUCCACAGAUCAUGGAAGACCAAAUACCAGGAUGGGAGUGCUUUGGGAUGGACGACUCGAGUCAUUUCCCUUCAGUAAAUACGGCCCAGGACGAUAAAUCAAUUAUCCCGUCGAGGCCAAGCAACAGUAACAGUAUACAAAGCUACCUCAGUUACGACAGUGGGAUAGGAAUUCUGAAUUUCCAUUUCAACCCUCGUCUUCGUCGCCCAUCAUUCUCCUACGAUGAUGAUAACGCUGCCCCGGCAGUUGAGUCUGAGUUGCAACAGCGAGCCAAUAAGCCAAGGUUUACCUGUCGGGUAUGUUCGGACAAAGCUAGGAAGACUUAUGGGGCUCGUAACAGCCUUAAGCGACACAUAUCAGAGCAACAUUAUCCACAAUCUGAGAUGAGCUGUCCAUAUGGGGAUUGGGUAGGCACGAGUAGAGCGAAAUUGCGCCAGCAUUUCAGAACUGCACAUUCAGACAAAUCGUUGCCUAGACGGGGAGACUUGGAGGCCAACUUCCGACCAUAUGAAGUUCCCGUAUCGUGUGCUCUCUGCGGAAGGAUUGUACGAAGUUGGGACGAGUUUUACAAGUGCUUGUUGAGGCAUUGCGAGAUGGAAGAGACGAUGGGCGCCACGACACAAUGCCCCCCCAAAGAACAGGCAGAGCGUGCAGAUGGGUCAAAUACACCUCUACCUUCAGCUGUACACCUGGAGAUGUUAAGGAUGCCAACGAAUGAACUGAUGGUGAAAACGGAUGGCGACCUGGCCUGUGAUGAACUCCUCAACAACUAUCUCGACCGCUCAGAUUUCGUUUUCACAUUUUCGCUGGAUAUCUACAAGAAAGCGCACCCCCCUCGCCAUGAUGCGAAACGAGUGGCCGUUCUGUUGUCGGACCUACCUGAUUUUCUUCGGUAUUUCGCGGAGAAACUGAGCUUCAAGGGAUCCAAACCCUACCAAAGGUUUAGUCUGAUGGUUUGUAACCAUGCAGGCGAUAUCGCCAAGGCCGUAUGCAAUUAUUACACUAACGGAAUCACCGACCGCCCCGCUAAUCCAGGAUGGUCUCUUUACUUAACAACAUCAGCCGAUCUCAACAGCCCAGCGACGAGCGGGCAGCGAAAAUUACAUUAUUCGGAGCUUCUAGAACAGUUCCCUGCAUAUAGGUGGUUGGUUGGCUGUGUUCGGAAGAUUCUUACCUUGGGCACCGUAGGUGAGAAUGUGAUGCAAGAUGUCGCUCGGGCGAUUUCCCUUCAGUUUCCAUCUAGCAAAGUUGAUUGGGCCCUCCCACCAACUUUGUACGACGCCGAUUUCGUACUUGAUUGGAAUCCGCGGUCAUUCCUGCGUGUGCAGGAAUAUGCGGGUGACCCGGUCAAUAUCGUCGACCAUGUCAUCACUUUGACUGGAUCCCUGGAUAAUGCACAGGCAUUGACAUGUGUCCAGUACAUGCGUCAAACAUGGCCAGAGAGCUCAGACUGUGUAAUCAGCCUCUUGCACAAGUUGUUAGAAGCUAGAGAAAGCUGUUCUAGCUCAGGUUCGCUCCAAGAUGGUACUGUCCUUACAGGGGCGUUCGAUGGCUGCAAAGUCGUGGUUCAUCUUCAGGGACUCCAGCACGCCAUCGUCGAAAUAGGACAGCAAUUGGCCUGGCUAGGCGCGGCGUUACAGUCAGCGCCCGACAAUAGAAUUGCAUACUGUCGACCAGUGUUGACAAAUACCUAUACCUUCAUGACAAACCUGCGAUAUGAGCUCAAAUUCACUUUUCAGCAUGCACAAAGUGGACUGCCACGGUGCAACGGGCGGUGCUGGCAUAGUCUAUUCAACAACCCCGUUGUAGUAUCCGGCUUUCCCAUUCGACAACGGCAGCUGCAAAAUACUGGCUUAGAUACCCCACUCAACAUUUUGGGCCGACUCGUGCCAUCGCGUCGCAUUGCGCACUUCGGGGGAAAGGUCUGUAUCAAGGGCCAUUGCACGAUCCUCGUGCCAACGAAGAUCGUAGGUGAUGCCGUGAUAUGGCAUCUGAUAUGCAAUGAUCAUGGAUCCUACAUGGAUUAUACCGACUCUCGUAUCGACGCCAUCCCCGGGUUAUACCCUGCAGGCAUUGACACCAACCUCAUGGGCUUUCGGCACAUUGUAGGUUGGUGCCCGGAAGCGCAAGUCCUCACAGCUUCGCCAGGGGCAGAAUAUGGCAUCGACUGGUCUGGACUGAAUAGAGCGGACACCGGAUGCGAUCUUCGAGAUGUCAUAAUUUCCCGCGGUACCAUAAUCCAAAAUUAUGAAACGCCGGCGAUAGGAAAUAAAGAUAGGCCUUCUCAUUCUGAGUUCGGUGAGUACCUCCACAGAAUCCUGUCAGUCACCAAGAAAUAUGCGGUCUUCUACGAUGUGUCUACCAGACAAGCUUGGCUUGUCGAUGGAGCGAGUGCUCUGCUGCACUUAGUCCGGGCAUCUCUUUUGUUGAGUUCCUCCGAGGACCCCAUGCAAGAGUUUGUCUUUAGACCCGAGUUGCUCGAACAACAUCCUAGUCCCAAGGGCGGGCGCGUCUCUGCCAUAUCCGUUCUAAAAAGUGAGAAGAACCUAAACCAGCGGCUACACCGCAACAUGCCGGAGACAUUUCAAGAUAGGGUUGAAGCGAUAUAUCACUUAUUGGAACAAGCCUAUGCAUAUCAAACCCGGGCCAAACUCCAAAAGAGCGCUGGAAUAGCUCCUGGUUGCCAGGCCCGAACACUGCUCGAAGGUUUUGAUUUUAUGGACCUGGCAGCAGACGAGGACCACUUUAAUGCUCGUACAAUGAGCGCAUUUGACGGUCCCCCGAGAUGGCACAGACUCACAGGAGCAAUAAAUGCCAUUACUCUAUUUGGCAGAGGCUUCGGUAAUCUUCUGAAACCAAAAGAGAUGGUGCCUGUCUGCUCCUCAUGGACCACUGUCCCAUCCGGAAAGGAUUACCUCGCUGCGAGGGUUGAAGACAUUCUGACAAUUAUGAGAAAGAAGGGAAACAUCUUGGGCUCUCCAUGGCGUGUUAUAGACGACGUCUAUUGGCAUAUACCUGACAAACUAUUCGAGAAUUGUCAAUGCAUUGAGGACUGUUCGAGGGAACGCUGCAGUCACGCUCAAGCACUACUAAUCGGCCCUGAGAUUACCACACAGGCUUCUGGAAUUGUCAGUCCAGUUAGAUUAGAACCCGACGGUGCUAUUAUCUUCGAUGGCUUCCCUGUAAACAGUCUCCUCCCGACACCAGAGAUAUCGUUUUCGUCGACCUUGAGCGGAUUCAAGAGCCCUGCUAAUGACAGUGCGAUCAGUGUUGGAUACAGCCCUGGAUCAGGCAAUCAGGAGAGUGGUUCCUCCAAGGCUGAAGGAAAGCGACCGGUGAACGGCAGGAGUACCGUACCAAAUCCCCGGAAACGGAUGCGCCGAGAGUCCUCAAACUCGAGCAGCGAUAUAUAUCACACAGAAAGAGUGUCAGAAUUCCGCCGCCCGUCCCGCAAUGAGUCUUUCCUGACGUCCGGGUCGUCAUCCCAGGGUUCAUCAUCGGACAGCCUCUGGGAGUCUCGGUUUGAAACCAACAUCCCUAAUCGCAUCAUGGAGAUGGAAAUUGCGAAAAAUAUUGAACUGGACCCGGCUGAAUACAAAGUUGGCUGGAUUUGUGCACUGCAAAUAGAGCUGGAUGCGGCGCAAAAAAUGUUAGACCGGAUUCACACUAAGGGCUUCGGACAAGGAAUGGACCACAACCUUUAUAUCUUAGGGCAAAUCGGCCAGCUCAACGUCGUGCUAACCUGCCUCCCGAUGGGCCAAUAUGGGAAUAAUAUCGCGGCUGUGGUAGCCACGCACAUGAUGAAUCGAUUCCCUAGGAUCGCUAUAGGGUUGAUGGUCGGCAUUGGAGGAGGAUUACCGAGCGCGAAAAAUGACAUUCGGCUUGGAGAUGUGGUUGUCAGCAUUCCACACCUUCAGUACGGAGGUGUUGUGCAGUACGAUAUGGGCAAGUUUACCAGUGACGGUUUUAUCACAACUGGUUCACUCAAAGCUCCUCCAAAGAAGUUAUUGCAGGUGCUUAACUUUAUGCCUCGCCACGGCUCCCCGAUCGCUGGACCCCCUGAUAUCGAAUACCCGGGGGUCGAACUAGAUCUGCUAUUCGAAUCAUCCUAUGCUCACACCGGGGGCGGCGAUACUUGCAUCUCCUGUGACGCUCAGCAGGUCAUUCCACGACCAAUGACACGGACGACCACAUCUCCUCGCGUCUUUUACGGGACAAUUGCCUCCGGAAACUCAGUAGUCAAGAACUCGAAGAUGAGGGGGAUACUCAUCCAGAAACAUGGCGUUCUGUGCUGUGAGAUGGAAGCCGCGGGCUUGAUGAAUACAAGGUUCCCAUGUCUUGUCAUUCGCGGGAUCACUGACUACGCUGAUUCGCACAAGAACGAGAUAUGGAUGGAGUACGCAGCCGCGGCUGCGGCUCAGUAUGCUCGGGAUCUUCUUCAAGCUAUGCCUCCGGAUCUUGCGCUUCAGGUGGAUGAGGGUAUACUGCACUGAUACUAUUGCCCGCGAAGCGUGAUAUGUGAGCCACGCUCGAUGUGAUUCAUUUGCAGAGGAAAGGACAAGAAAAUGGCGCCUUCCAUACAUAACCAACACCAGCAAUCCCUCGUGUAUAUUUUGUAUUUUCAGAGCCAACGAUUCUAGUACCGCAAUGGAGCAA